AUGUGCAUAAAAAGCAUCCGCUUAUCGCGCGGCGCGGAGGAUUUAUUGCACAUGACUUCCUCGGAUGAAACCAUCAGAUGUGAACCUGGGGACUGUUGUGGAUUAAUUGGUCCAAAUGGCUGCGGGAAAAGCUCCUUGUUAAAAGCUCUCGGAGGAUUGAUGGAACACGAUUCCGGCGAGUGUGCGAUUGCGCCGAACGUACAGCUCGGGUACUUAGAACAAACCGGGACGAGUGGAUCGACGCUGACGAUAUACGAGGAGGCGACGUCGAAGAUGGAGACUUUGAAUCGAUUGAAGAAGACGUUGUUUGGCGACGGCGGCGAGGACGAAGAAUACGCGUUACACGCGAGCGCGGCGGAGGAAGCGGAGGCGCGAGCCGAGUGGGAAAGAGUCGACGGAGAUAACGCGGAGAAAAGAAUCAGUAGCGUUUUGUCCGGUUUGGGUUUCGAUAAGAAGACGUGGGCGACGCAAUCGUGCGCGUCGUUAUCGGGAGGCUGGCAGAUGCGCGUGAGUUUGGCCAAGUUGUUGUUGAGCGAGGCGGGGGAGUGCGAGAAGACGGGCGUGAACGGAGGUUUUUUGUUGCUGGACGAACCUACGAAUCAUUUGGAUUCAAACGCGAAGAAAUGGUUGCAAAAUUGGAUAAAAAAGUACAAAGGUACGAUCCUUUUGGUCUCGCACGACGAGGAGGUGUUGCGAGACGUGUGCACGAGGAUCGUCGAGGUGAAGAAUAAAAAAUUGGUCUCGUAUCCCGGUUCGUACGCGCAGUAUUUGCGAGCGAAAUCCGCGAAAGCGAAAGAGGCAACGAAGAUCCUCGAAAGAACUGGGAGGGAGACGAAAAAGUUAGAGACGUUUAUAAACACGUACGGCGCGAAAGCGACGAAAGCAAAGCAGGCAAAGGAUAAGGAGAAAAAGUUGGAAAAAGCGCUGGAGAUUUUGAAAGACGCGAAAAUCGACGCCGAGACGGCUGGGGCGAUGAACGUGGACGAAGCCGAAGAAAUGAAUAGUAAUAGUAGCACUAGUAGUAGCAGCAGUAGCGGCAGUAGUGGUAGCAAGAACAACAACAACAACAACAUUUCGUUGAGAUUGGCGGAUCCGCCAAACACGACGAGGAUGUACAUUCAGACGAAAGGUUUGUGCGUGGGAUACGAAGGUAGAGACGAACCAAUCGCGACCAACGCGACGUUUGAAAUCGAAAGAGAGAGCCGGAUCUUAAUUUGUGGACGGAACGGCGCCGGGAAAUCUACGCUUUUGAAAACGUUAGCCAAAGUCAUACCGCCGAAAUCGGGCGAGUUGCGAGUGUCUGAAGACUGCGAAUUGGGAUACUUUGAUCAAGAUUUGGCGCAGAAAUUGCCUUUGGAUAAAACGGGAUUAGAGUACGUUCUCGAUGUUGCCAGAGUUGGGUCUGGCAUCGGGUCUAAGAGAGCGACGAUCACUGAUCAAAUGGCUCGGUCUGCGCUAGGCUCUUUAGGCAUAACCGGUACCGCGGCCAUUGACCGAUCCAUUGGUGAGCUCUCUGGAGGUGAAAAAGCGCGCGUCGCGUUGGCUGGAUUCAUGUUGAAACCAGUCGAUUGCCUAUUAUUGGACGAACCGACGAAUCACUUGGAUGUGAACAGCAUCGACGCCAUCACGAGCGCUUUGAGAGAUUGGAAAGGUGGCGUGAUUUGCGUCACGCAUAACCCGCGAUUCGCAUCUCGAUUAAAGCCGACGACCGUGGUAAGGUGCAAAGGCGGCGAAGACAUGCGAGAGGACGAAACGAGAGCGAUUGAGGUCGAAUUAUGGCCGGAAGGAAAAGCAAUCACGGCUCAAGAUUUGUACGCUCGCGAUUGCGAGGUGGAAGAGUGCUCGCUCGACGACGAUAAAAAUGAAAACGACGAAGCCGCCCAAGCUGUCGCACAAGCGAAAGAACUCGAAGCUGCGGAAAGAAAAGCGAAAGAGAAACGAAGAAAAGAAGCCGCGAACGCUCCAAAAAUUAUCGACAAGAUUGAAAGAGCUAUGGAAGUUUUGGACAAAGACAUCGAAGCGCUUUCCGAGAAAACGCUCGCGUGCGGCUCGGACGUCGGCGAAGCGAUGAAAUUGCAAAAGCAGAUUGACGAGAAGACAGAGAAGCGAGACGCGUAUUUUGCCGAAUGGGAAAGGUUGGAGGAGUUGAUGAUGGAAGUCGAGGAAGAAACGGCGGGGGCUGCUGCGGCGUGA